AUGCCCCACACCACUAUGACCCACGUUGAAGCGCCCAAGUCCCACAUCCAGAUCGGCGGCAGGAAAUCCACGUUGGCGGUCAAACAGUCGGAAAUCGUCCGCGAAUACAUCAAACUGACCCAUCCCAAUGUGGAGUGCUCCAUUUUGGCUCUUUCGACUUUGGGCGACAAAGUCCAGCUGAAACCUCUCUAUUCGUUCGGCGGCAAGUCCUUGUGGACCAAGGAGCUCGAAAUAUUGUUGCUCGAGCCCGUGGAUGACUACCCUCAGUUGGACUUGAUUGUCCACUCGUUGAAAGACAUGCCCACCAACUUGCCAGACGAGUUUGAAUUGGGAUGCAUUUUGGACCGCCAGGACCCCCGUGAUGCUUUGGUCAUGAAGGCUGGUAGCCCAUACAAGUCGCUUGCAGACUUGCCCGAAGGCGCUGUUGUUGGUACUUCGUCCAUUAGAAGACUGGCCCAGCUCUUGAGAAACUACCCUCAUCUUCAAUUUGCCGACGUCAGAGGCAACAUCGCCACUCGUCUCUCCAAAUUAGACGCAAAAGACUCACCCUACGACUGCCUCAUUUUGGCCGCCGCCGGCCUCAUAAGAACUGGUCUCGAUAACAGAAUCACCACUUGUUUAGACGCUCCAGACAUGUACUACGCUGUAGGACAAGGAGCACUUGGUAUCGAGAUCAGAAAAGACGACAUGCAGAUGAUUCAAGUGUUGUCCAAAAUUGAGCAUCGUCCCUCGACGAUGCGGUGCAUUGCCGAGCGUUCCAUGAUGAGAGUGCUUGAAGGUGGUUGCCUGGUUCCUUUGGGCGUAUACACCACCUACGACGAAGAAACAGAAGAACUCUUUUUUAAGGGUCUCAUUGUCAGCCCUGACGGUAAACAGUCCGUCGAGGCGGAGGUCAGAUGCAUCGUUUCCGACAAGGCACAGGCCGCAAAAGCAGGCGAGGAGUUGGCACAUAAAUUGGCUGCUUUGGGCGGUAAGGAGAUCUUGAGUGCCAUCAACUUUGAGAAGAUUAACCAGCGGCCAGUUAACGGUGCCAACGGCAACGAGAUGGCCAGUUUGACGGUUUGA